AAUUAAAACCGAAAUUCAAGAAAUGUUUAUGCAUGAGAAAUUUACACUUGGGCAUUUGAAUUUAUUAAUAUUUAGGUUUUUGAUGAGAUGGAUUGUAAUAAAAUACGUAUGUAAAAAUGUGAUGGUUUUUUGUUAUUUUAUUGUAUAUAAGUGUAUUUUGUAUGUUUAGUCUUUGAGCUAUUAUACAGGUGUAAUUAAAACCGAAAUUCAAGAAAUGCUUAUGCAUUAGAAAUUUACACUUGGACAUUUGAAUUUUAGGGAAAAGAAACAAUUUUUAAGCUCUUUUGAUAAAAUGGGUAUUUAAAUAUAAGGGAAGAAAUUUAUUCAUUUUUUUGGUUGAUGAUGAAUCAUUAUUUUAUAGUUGCAUUUUGCACGUUUAGGAUUUGAGCUAUUAUACAGGUGUAAUUAAGGCCGAAAUUCGAGAAAUGUUUAUGCCUGGGAAAGUUACAUGUUGGUAUUUGCAUUUAGGGCAAAAGAAGAAAUUUUGAGUUUUUUUUUUUGGUUGAUGAAAUUGGUAGUGAGUUAACUCAUUUUCUUGAUUGGUGAUAUGACUCAUUAGUUGAUUAACAAUUGAUACAUUACAUGGAUAGUAGAAUUUAGGGAAAAGAACAAUUCUUUUUGGGGGUUUUCUGAUGAAAUGGUAGCGAGUUAACGCAUUGAUUGAUCAGUUAUUAUGAAAUCAUAGCUAUUUUUGUGUAUUUGUUUAAGUUGUGAGUUGAGCUAUAGAGAUAGAUUCAAGAUUUUUUGCUGAAUUAUUAGAUCUUUUAUAGGAAGUAAUAUUAGGUUUUAGAGGGAUUUGAUUAUAUUUAUUAGAAUUUGGGGAUGAACCUUCUCAACACCAAAAGAUUGGUGGGAGGAGGGAAUGCAUUGGUGAGAAGAAUGCCCGUGUAUGUGUUUUUGUGAUCUGAAUUCGCGUGAGGAGAAAAAGAGCGACAUGGGCUGUAGGAUCAGAGACUUUGAUGAAGUAUGUUGUUAUCCUUCUUGAGUAAGCGUUCAUUGGAUGUUGAUUCCAGGGAUGCAUAUGGAUUUACUGUGAGACCACAACAUCUUCAAAGAUACCGAGAGUACGCUACUAUAUAUAGGGAAGAGGAAGAAGAAAGAUCUGAGAAGUGGAAAGACUUUCUUGAUAACCAAGAAAAAUCAAGUCAGCCACAUGCUUCAGAGAAGUUGGACGCCCAGACUGUGGAUUUUGAAGUUAAAAACGAGCAGCAAACGGUUCCUGUGCAUGUGUCUCAAGAAGAAGGCGAUGGUUCAGCGGGAAAGAAUCCAGUUUCAGACAUUAAAACAGAAAGUGAUCUUACAAGGAAGUUGCUGGCUUAUCUACCAGCAAAAUCUUGUCAGGCUUAUACGUGGGCUGAAAUUAGAGCAUCCUUGAGUCUCAUUGAUCAUCUGAUGAGCUUUCGUGUGAAAACGAGACCAAAGACAAAAGUUGAACUGUCAACUGGUGUUCACAAUCAUCUAGCAACUAUUAAAGAGCGAGAGGAGCCAGAAGAAGAAAAUGGAGAAGAAAGUUCUGACAAUGAAGAAUUGGGUGAUCGUACCAAUACCUCUGCAGAAGUAGGUACUGUCGGCAGUGGAGUUACUCCAGAACUUUCCUUUCCUUGGAAAGAGCUAGAGUUCCUUGUUCAUGGAGGAGUUCCGAGGGAUCUUAGGGGAGAGGUAUGGCAAGCUUUUGUUGGAGUUAGAGCACGUCGGCUGGAAAGAUAUUACUUUGAUUUGCUUGAUCCAGAAAGUGAUACUGGUGAUGGUCAGGAGCGUGAUGGAUCGUCAUUGGCUGAAGAGAAUAAGCAACGGAGUAAAGAAAGCGUUCAUGUGCCAGAGAAAUUGAGAAAGCAGAUUGAGAAGGAUCUUCCUCGAACCUUUCCUGGACAUCCUGCACUAGAUGAGAAAGGUCGCAAUUCCUUAAGGCGUCUACUUAUAGCAUAUGCUAGACACAAUCCAGAUGUGGGGUAUUGCCAGGCAAUGAACUUUUUUGCUGGUAUCCUACUUCUAAUGAUGCCCGAAGAAAAUGCAUUCUGGGCAUUGGUGGGUCUUAUUGAUGAAUACUUUGGCGGCUGUUACUCACAAGAGAUGAUAGAAUCCCAGGUGGAUCAACUGGUGUUUGAGGAGUUAGUGCGUGAAAGGUUUCCGAAACUUGUCUAUCAUCUAGAGUACUUGGGAAUGCAAGUGGCAUGGAUUUCUGGACCUUGGUUUCUUUCAAUUUUUGUAAAUGUGCUUCCUUGGGAAAGUGUUCUCCGAGUUUGGGAUGUGCUUCUCUUUGAGGGAAAUCGUGUCAUGCUCUUUCGAACAGCACUUGCUUUGAUGGAGUUGUAUGGUCCUGCUGUAGUUACAACUAAGGACGCCGGGGAUGCAAUCACCUUAUUUCAAUCCCUUACUGGCUCAACUUUUGAUAGUAGCCAACUUGUUUUGACAGCUUGUAUGGGUUUCUUAAAUGUCACUGAAGAUAGGUUGCUAGCACUGAGAGAAAAACAUCGUCCAGCUGUGCUAGCAGUUACUCAGGAGAAAUCAACGGGAGGGCCUGUUAAGAAAGAUCCAAAAGGUCUUGCCUCCAAGCUGUAUAGUUUUAAGCAUGAUCCUGAAUCAUUUUUGAAAGAAACAAAGCCGGAUGAAGAGUCAGGUGAUAAGAACACAGGCAAUAAAAUAUCAGACUCAAAUUCCAACUCCGCAAGUGUGGAUGAAUUUCUCAACAGCCUAAAUAUAGAUUCACAUGUGGAUUCCCUUCCAGGUCUUCAAGAACAGGUUGUUUGGUUGAAGGUUGAGCUCUGUAGGACACUGGAAGACAAGAGAGCAGCUACUCUGAGAGCUGAAGAGUUGGAGACGGCGCUUAUGGAGAUGGUCAAAGAAGAUAACCGACGACAACUAAGUGCUAGGGUUGAGCAAUUGGAACAAGAAGUGGCUGAACUUCGAUUAGCCCUUAAUGAUAAGAAAGAGCAGGAGAAAGCAAUGCUUGAGGUCUUGAUGCGGGUUGAGCAAGAACAGAAAGUAACAGAAGACGCUAGGAUUGCUGCUGAACAUGAUGUGGCUGCUCAAAAGUAUGCAGUACAUGUUCUUCAGGAAAAGUAUGAAAAGGCUAUGGCUUCUGUUGCUGAUAUGGAGAAGAGAGUUGUCAUGGCUGAAUCAAUGCUUGAAGCUACCUUGCAGUAUGAAUCUGGUCAAGUCAAAGCUCCAUCUUCCCCACGGGCGACAAGACCAGAUUCUCCUCAAGGUGUACCAGCCAAAAGGACAGGUCUACUAUCGUUCGGCCUUGGUUGGCGUGAUAGGAACAAGGCGAAGCCAACCAAUCUUAGCGAAACUAAAUCUGCGGACGAGGACCAGAAAUGAGCAGUAAGAAGACUGAAGAGCAAGAAUUGUGAACAUGCUGCUGCCAAUUAAAGGUGUAUGCUGAAAUUUUGAUCUUAAGAGGUGGUGAUUUCACCCUCAAUUGGUAGCAUGUCUAGUAGGUCAUCUUGACGUCCUGUUGAGUGUAACUUGUACCUCCCAGCUCAUUUUGGUUUCAACGGUUAUUUGAUUCUUUUGUACAGUUAUAUGUAAAGAAAUAUGGUAUCUUUCUGUAGCAGUUAUGAAAUGUGGGCUUCAAUUUUGCUUUA